AUGGCUACCCCUAGUGUCCUAGCUUUUGACGCUGAGGGUCGCGCCGUUGAUUUUGAGGUCUGGCUAGACGACCUGCAGCUGUUCUUACAGUGCGACAGGGCUGACGACCUUUCUCUCUUUGAUCUCACCUCUGGCGCCUCUCCUGCUCCUGCUGCUGAUGCUGAUCCCGCUGUCCGCUCUAAGUGGGCCACCCGCGAUGCUGCUGCACGUCUUGCUGUGCGUCGCCACCUCCCUACCUCUGAGCGUGCGCACUUCAGUCAGUACAAGAGUGCUCAGACCUUGUACGACGCUGUACCUGCGCGCUACUCCUCCCCUGCCACUGCUGCACUGAGCCGUCUCAUGCUUCCCUACCUCUUUCCUGACCUCUCUGCCUUUCCCACUGUCGCUGACCUCAUUACGCACCUCCGCACUAGUGACACUCGCUACCGCGCCGCCCUUCCUGCUGAGUUCUGCGCUAAGAACCCCCCCCCCAUGUACAUCGCUCUCUACUACGUAGUCGCGCGCCUCCCUGACUCCCUUCGAGUCGUCAGGGACCACUUUCUCGCAGUCUGUCCCACCACCCUCACCGUCGACCUCCUCGAGAAGGCCCUCCUUGCAGCGGAGAAGAGCAUAGUCGCUGUAGGUGCUUCUCGUGGUGACCCUCGCACCCCCAUCUUUGAGGGGUGCUCUCCUUCCCCCUUGCUGCCCUCUGUUGCCUCUGCUGCUGCUGCCGACCUGCUUGGUCUUGAGUCGGUCGGCGCGGCGUCUGCCCCUAGUGGGAGACGUCGCUCCAGCAAGGGCAAGGGGGGCAAGGGCGCGGGUGGUGCUGGAGGGGGCGGUGGCGGUGGCGGCGGUGGCGGCGGAGGGAGUGGAGGUGGCGGCGGGACUAGUGGCGGGGGUGGUGGUGGUGGUGGCAGCAGCGGCGGAGACGGUGGUGGUGGUGCCACCGGUGGUGGUGGAGGCAGCGGCGGAGGUGGAGGCGGCGGAAGUGGAGGCAGUGGAGGCGGCGGCGGAGGAGGCAGUGGUGGUGGAGGGGGUGGAGCUGGUCGGGGUGGUACCCAGCAGCGUAGCGGCGGUGGUGGUGGCCAGCGCUCGCAGCGGCAGCAGCAGCAGCGCUCUCGGGACAUCCCUUCGCCUCAGCAGCUUCGUGAAAGGUACGCUGGGCGUCAGAGGGGUGGGGGUACUGGUCCCUGCACCUACGUUCUUCGUUCCGGCGACCGCGCGGGUGAGCAGUGUGGGGGUGCCCACGCCACCCAGCGCUGCUUUGGCCGCCUGACGGACGCCUGGCGUCAGCAGUUCCCUGGGGCUAGUGAGAUCCCUCGCUGGGAUGAGCUUCUCAGGGCUGGUGUAGCGAUCUUUGAUCUUGAUUUUGAUGCUAUCCUUACUGCUAUGUAUGUUGUGGAUUAUAGUGAGGAGAAUGAGGGUUACCGCUGUUUCCAGCCCGACCCGGGCAUUGGUACUGCUGCGCUGGGUGCUUGUGAGGCUGCUGCUCUAGGUGCCAGUGCGUCUGCGCUCUCAGGUACUGGUGAGACUACGCUCUCAGGUACUGAGUCGUCCUCGUCCUCCCUCACUUUCACACUUGACUCCGGAGCUUCUCGCUCCUUCUUUCGAGACCGCACUACCCUUACGCCGCUCGGUCGGCCGGUUGCGGUCUCCCUUGCUGACCCCUCUGGGGGUCCUGUCCUGUCUCACUUCUCCACUGUCCUCCCGUGUCCGGCUGCCCCUUCGGGCACCCUGUCAGGUCUGUACCUUCCCUCGUUCUCUACGAACUUGGUGAGUGGUGCAGACCUGCAGGAUGGGGGUGUUCACCAGUUCACUCCUGCGAGUCAGCGGGUGACCCACUGCACGGAGGCACGCACAGGCCGACACCUGGCCACGUUCUCGCGUCGGCCGGGGUCGAGUCUCUACACCCUGACCGUUGAGUCUCCUCCUGUCCCUUCGUCUGGUCAGGUGGCUGCGUCGGGUCAGGUACUUGCUGCUGCGUCCCGGUCAGGUCCUGAGUCUGCCCCCUGUUCUUGUCGCCUCCUGUCUCACGAGACUCUCCUGUGGCACGACCGUCUUGGCCACCCCUCCUUGCCCCGUCUUCGGAGCAUGGCUUCCCGUGUCCUUGUCUCUGGUCUUCCCCAGUCUCUCCCUCCUCUCCCCUCCGGGCCAGGACCUUCCUGUGUCCCCUGUGUCGAGGGUCGCCUCCGGGCUACUCCUCACUCCUCCCACUUCCCCCCGACAGAGGCUCCCCUGCAGACGCUUCACAUGGAUGUGUGGGGCCCUGCCCCCGUCCGUGGGCAGGGUUACGAGCGCUACUUCCUGUUGGUGGUUGACGACUACUCGCGUUACACCACAGUCCUCCCCUUGCGCAGCAAAGAGGCGGAGAGUUCUCUUCUCGCCUUCUGCGGGGACUACUGUCGUGCACGGGGGAUCCGCCAGACCUUCACGCUUCCGGACUCACCACAGCAAAAUGGGAUUGCUGAGCGCCGCAUUGGCAUGGUCAUGGAUGUCGCUCGUACGUCCAUGAUGCAUGCGGCUGCCCCCCAUUUUCUGUGGCCGUUUGCGGUGAGGUACGCGGCGCAUCAGCUCAACCUUCACCCCCGGGUCUCUCGGCCUGCGAUGUCCCCAGCCUUGCUGUGGACGGGGAAGGUUGGCGAUGCGUCUGUGUUCCGUGUCUGGGGAUCUCGGGCGUUUGUCCGCGACUUGUCUGCGGACAAGCUGUCCCCUCGCGCUGCUCCCUGUGUCUUCCUUGGCUUCCCCACUGACGCCCCAGGGUGGCAGUUUUACCACCCCUCCUCUCGUCGUGUUCUGUCCUCCCAGGACGUCACGUUCGACGAGUCAGUCCCCUUCUACCGUCUCUUCCCCUACCGCACUCCUUCCCUCCCCCCUCCCCCGGACUUCCUUGUGCCGGUUCCCCCCCCGGUAGACCCCCUCCCCCCUCAGGUUCCUGCCCCCUCAGGUGUGUCCCAGGUAGACGCCGUUGACCCGGUCGAGGUUACAGGUGACUCUGGUGCUGCUGCGGGUGCUGAGCCUGGGGGUGCUGACUCUGGGGGUGCUGUGCGCGGGGGUGCUGAGCCUGGGGGUGCUACUGCUGGGGGUGCUGGGCCUGAGGGUACUACUGCGGAGGGUGCGGAGCCUGGGGGUGCUGAGCCGGGGGGUGCUGUGCCUGGAGGUGCUGGGCCUGGGGGUGCUGAGCUGGGAGCUGCUGCGCCAGGCGGUGCUGCGUCUGGAGCUGCUGAGCCUGGGGUUUCUCCUGCUGCUGCGUCUCGCCGGGAGCCCCUCUCUCCACAGGAGCUGCGCGAGUGGUUCGCUCGCCGCUGGAGGCGUGCUGCUGAGUCUGGAGGUGCUGCUGGAGCUGGGGCUGGAGCUUCUUCGACCGUCGAGGGAGCGGGUGCUGCCGGUCCCGGAGCUGCUGGACCUGCGGGUCCUCCUGGAGCUGGGGCUGCUGAGGGCGUUGGUGCUGAGCCUACUGCUGUUGGUCCUGCCGCUGGAGGUGUGGGUGGCGCUGGUGCUGUCGCUGAGGGUGCUGGUGCUGUCCCUGCUGAGUCUGGAGCUGCCGCGCGGCCUCGGCCGUACUUCGUUCCGCUCCUGCAGCAGGUUCUUGGUCUUUCUCCUCCAGUAGAGGGUCCACCGCCUGUCCAGUCGCAGUCCCUGCUGGAGCCUUCCUCUCCACUGCCUGCUCCCUCUCCUUACACUGGUCCUACUGGAGGUCUUGCUGAGCGUCGUGAGCCUGCGUCUCGUCCCGCGUCGCCUGUUCGUGCUGCUCGCGCUAGUGGUCGCAGUUCGCGUCAGCGUCCUCCUCCUGUCCCUGGCACGCACCGGAUGUCUUUACGUCCGUCCACUGCUCCUCUGCGUGCCCCUUUGCCUUCUCCUCCUGAGUCCUCUCUUCCUGCACUUGCCGACCCUGAGUCGGACUCUCUUCGUGCUGCCAGUCCUACUGUCACGCGUCUGCUUGCUACUGUCGUCACUGACCCCUCUUUUGAGUCCACUGCUGCGUCUGCUCUAGUUGCUGAGCUCAUCGACUUUGCUGCUCGCUGUCGUCUCGACUACGCUGCUAGUCUUGUUGCUGAGUCUGCGUCUGUCUGUCCUCCGUCCGUCGGGGGUGAGUGUGCUCUUGGCACGGACGUCCUAGAGGACAGGCAGGAGGAGUUACAGUGUCUAGCGGCUGCUUCACCUCAUCUCGCGUCUGUUCUGCUUGCCCCUGAGGGAGACCCGGAUGCACUAGACAUCCCGACUCCGCGUUCUUACGCGGAGGCCGUAGAGGGUCCCUACUCCUCUCAGUGGCAGGCAGCUAUGGAUGCAGAGAUGGCUUCCUGGAAGUCCACAGGCACCUACGUUGACGCGGUUCCCCCUCCUGGGGCGAACAUCGUCAGUGGCAUGUGGAUCUUCAGGGUGAAGCGGCCGCCGGGCUCUCCACCUGUCUUCAAGGCACGGUACGUUGCUCGUGGCUUCAGUCAGCGGCACGGAGUUGACUACUUUCAGACCUUCUCUCCCACCCCGAAGAUGACUACUCUUCGGGUGCUGCUGCACAUAGCCGCUCAGCGCGACUACGAGCUUCACUCUCUCGACUUCAGCACUGCGUUCUUGCAGGGUAGCCUGCACGAGGAGAUCUGGCUUCGCCGUCCACCUGGCUUCACUGGGACUUUCCCUCCUGGCACCCAGUGGAGCCUCCGACGGCCAGUCUACGGUCUCCGCCAGGCACCGCGUGAGUGGCACGACACACUGAGGACUACGCUUGCGGCUCUUGGGUUUGCUCCUUCUACUGCUGACCCGUCGCUGUUUCUUCGCACCGACACUUCCCUGCCGCCGUUCUACAUCCUCGUGUACGUCGACGACUUGGUCUUUGCCACAGCGGACACUGCUGGACUCGCCUACGUGAAGUCCGAGCUGCUGAAGAGACACACGUGCACAGACCUGGGUGAACUGCGCAGCUACCUUGGCUUGCAGAUCACUCGAGACAGAGCACGCCGCACCAUUACCUUGACUCAGUCACACAUGGUGCAGCAGGUCCUUCAGCGCUUCGGCUUCACGUACUCCUCGCCUCAGGCCACUCCUCUGCCUACUCGCCACUCACUCUCAGCUCUGCCUUCGGAUGAGUCCGUAGAGUCGAGUGGUCCGUAUGCAGAGCUUGUUGGCUGCCUCAUGUACCUGAUGACCUGCACACGACCUGACCUUGCAUACCCUCUGAGCAUUCUUGCACGCUAUGUUGCUCCUGGGAGACACAGACCGGAGCACAUGGCUGCAGCGAAGAGGGUAUUGCGCUACCUGUGCAGUACGUCGGGCAUGGGGCUAGUGCUUGGAGGGCGGAGUCCAGUGGUCCUUACCGGCCACGCGGACGCUUCUUGGGCUGACGACCAGGCUACGCAGCGGUCGUCACAGGGUUACACCUUCAGUCUUGGUUCCGGCUCUGUCUCGUGGCGGUCUACUCGCUCGUCUUCGGUUCUCGGCUCCAGUUGUGAGGCUGAGAUCUACGCCGGGGCCAUGGCUGCACAGGAGCUUCGCUGGCUCACCUACCUGCUGACUGACCUUGGAGAGCCGCCUCGUUCUCCUCCAGUGCUGUACGUAGACAACAAGGCCAUGCUGGCCUUGUGUCGAGAGCAGCGCUUGGAGCACAGAACGAAGCACAUUGCUCUCCGCUACUUCCUUGCUCGUGAGCUGCAGCAGCGUGGUCAGUUGCGACUUGCGUACGUGGCCUCUGAGGCCAACACUGCUGAUGUGUUCACCAAGGCACUCGCGCCUUGUGACCAUCAGCGCUUCUGCACCCAGCUGGGUCUUGUGCCUGUCUUGCCUCACUUGCUCUCCUCUUGA